CCUCACCAGAUUUAUCCAUGCAGCAGCAGCCGACAUUGCGCGGGGUGUGGAUUCGUUCCACGCGCGAUGCCAUGCAUAUUUUCCAUGGUGUCGCCCUCGGUCGCUGUCCUAUGGUGACGAGGAGGCUCGACGCCGAGGAGAGACGCGGCAUCGUUGCCGGCAAUGUCUACGUGUGGGAGGAACGAGGCGCAAACUCUGAAGCUACUGGCCUCGGCAUGGAACGAUGGACCGACGGGAUGAGCUGGGGCCCCAGCAGGGUCCGUGAUGAGUUCCUCUUCUACCAUGAGAAGGAUGCCGAUACCACCGAGGAUACGCAAGACCCGUCGACACGAUGGGCGCUCCGUCGUCGACAACCACCGUCGCCGACCUCCUCGCCAAGCAGCUCGAGACCCGUGGCUACGCCAGCUCGCUCGCAGUCGACGCCCGGCUCCCGAGAACAGCUAAUCAAACAGACGUACAGCGUCCACGUCUCGCUUCCCCUCGACCGCGCAAAGGGCAUCACCAGGAAAUGGCAUCUCACGGCCUACUUCUCUCAGGAGAGCAUCGAUACACUGAACACGGUCGACUGCAUACCCAGGAUCGGCAACGUUCCAGUCCCUGAAGGUUGGUUCCGGAGCGCCCGUGCAGGCAAUCGCGGCAGGCGAGCAGAGGCGCGUGGAAUGGACCCCGUUCCCGGUCCAGACGGAUUUGCGCCCAUCGCAGGGCCUUCUUCUCAUGCUAUGCCAGGCAGCUCCAUGCCGACGGGAUAUGCAGGCUACAACGCCCCGGUACCCUAUGCCCACGGUGUAGCACCCGGGUAUACCCACAACGGGUAUGUUGCUAUACAGCCCUACCCCGGUGCUCCGGCGGUUGCGCAGUACAGCUCUGGGUCGUAUGCGCCGCGCUACCCAUACCGGGAACAGGAAAUGGAACCACCCAGUCCCCAGUCAUCUCCUUCUCUUUCGACGUCCUCCCUAUCCUCGGACAACAAUGCAUCGGCGCGUCUCGGGAUUUCGGGCUCUGCGUCUCCCGCGUCAUGUCGCCCUAGGUCCGCCGCUCCCACCGGCGCAGUCAACCUCGUCCCAUUGCAAGAUCUACAGCAGAGCAAUGGUCCACGCAGGGACCCAACAGACGAGGAACUCGUUCGUCGCUUCCGCAUGAUCGGCUGAUACGCCGAUGGUUUCGCAUAACUCCUUGUUGGCACCCCCUAUCUGCUCAGCCGGUCAAUUUCCAAAAGUAGAAGAUUCCGCUAGACGUAAUCCCCCGUUAUGCUUGCGCCGGGGAGUCACCUCCGUCUCGGUCGCUGCGUUGAACGCCAACGAAGACAUGAUCGCGCUUUACACGGCGCGACACAGAUCCUUCCAGCGGCUUAUCCCCGUACGGCCAGGGCGUCGGGAUGGACCGGCUCCUCCCGCGCCUCUGAACGCCGAGCACACACCCGCACGGACUUUAUUUAUCGUUUUCGUUUCUUGGGCGCUGGAAGAAAUGAACUAUCGUGCUCCGUCACAAACGCAAACCCGUAUCGCACCUGUAAUACUAACGCACGCGCAUUCUGUUUCACCGGCUCAUCUUGGAAAGUACCUGCCCUCCAUGGCUGUGCAUUGCAUCCUCCCAUUUCCGUUUUCGACAUGCUUCCGCCUCCCCGAUGUAUCGCUAAUC